CAACUCUGACCCUGCAACCCUCCGAUGGGCCAUGUUGUGGGUGAAGACUCUCCAUGCAGCGUGCAGAUCCGGCACUGCCUGUGAUCGACCCCGUGGAGGGCGCGGCGGGCGGCGCCACCUUCUGGUUAAGCUGUUUGAUCCAACGCGCCAAAGACCACGAGGUGCUAUGGUGGAAGUUCACUUUAUCAGGUGACCUACCUUCACUCUUCAAAAUGGGUGGUGAAAGAUGAUUGGCCCUUGGCAGUCAGCCAUGAUGGCAGUCAGCUUGCCAAUUCCGGAGGUCAUCUAUGAAGAGCAGCGCCCUUCGGGUUCGACACCCACCGUCCGGCGGGGGCGCUUCCAAGACGCCCUUGGUGCAUGGGAGACUGCAAGGCCUGACCGACCCAUUUGGCUUUGCGAUGAGGACCUGAUCUCUGCAGAUUUCCUAGAUGAAGUUGGUGAAGACCACGGCAUAGCCUUCCUUGCCACGACGGCGACGCGGACGGCGCCGCCCAGCCCAGCCGCGUUGUGCUUGGCCAGCGCCAAUGCGCGGACCACGUGGCGUCGGGAUCCGCUCUGCUGGAGCACCAAGCUACUCCUUCUCCACGGUUCUGUGCACGUGCGCCUGGUGCCGAGCGAGCCGGAGGGCGCCUUUGUGGGCGCAUGGGGCGCAGCGGUGGCGGCGGAGUCGGCGCUGAUGGAGCCACAGUGGGUUGAGCUGACCGCUGGGCAACGCCUGAGCAUCCCAGCUGGAUGGUGGUACAGCAUCAGCUGCGGACGUGAGAAGAUGUGGGGGCUGCAGAUGCAAAGCCUUUUGUCGCAUCCUGACCCUUCGGAGUCUCUUCUCCAGACCGGCACGCCUGGCAUGCCACUCACGUCGAUGCCCUCUGAACAUCACCAGCUGCGGCGAUGCCUUCCCGGGCUCUUCCCCCUACCCACGAAGCGCCGUGCGACCCUUUGCACCAGCGACCAGAAAGAGGCGGAGGGCACUGGGCGACUUUUGGAGGUGAUGUGGAAGCUGAGUGUGGUGUAUCCCGAGUUCGUUUUAGCUGGAGUGGGUCUACCUUGGGAUAGCUUCCUUUGGUCGAGUGAGUCUCUGGAGCUUUUCGUUUGCACCCGUGGCUUUUGGCGCCCGUGGCCUUCGACGUCGUGCACAGCCAGCUCCGGUGCACCUGUGCAGCUCCUGUCGGAGCUGUCACUGCCAGGGCCGCAUGUGGAGUUGAGAUCGGGUGGGAUGCCGCGCAUCAUCUGGAUGUUUUGGGCGCAAGAGGAUGGACUUGGUGGCUUCCGGCGUGCUUGCAUCAGGUCUUGGGUUUGCAAGAAUCCCACCUGGCAGGUGGUGCUGCUGAACACCGAGACCUGCUUGUCCUACCUCGACCCCACCGAGCUUCCGCGGCCGUGGGGGGCGCGCCCCUCGCGGUGCCGCCGCCCCACGGUGCUGGCCGAUGCGGUACGGCUGGCGCUCCUGAAGCGGCAUGGAGGUGUGUAUGUGGAUGUGAGCGUGGUAUGCUGUAGAUCCUUAGACAAUUGGCUCAUGAAGAGCUUGGGCCAACAUGAGAUGGCAGCGUUUUACUAUAAGAAUUUUGGGCGCUCAGACCGGAUCAACACCGGUGAGUACGUCGAGAACUGGUUCCUGGCAUGUCUGCAGGGUAGUCAGCUGAUGCGUCGAUGGCAUGAAGCCUUCCAACUCUUCUGGACAGAUAGGGCUGAUGCACAUGACUAUGGCGGUUUGCGAAACAGCCAGAUGUUCAAGCACACAGAUUUAAGUUGCAUGACAGAGGAUCAGACAAACUAUUUAACGAUGCAUUGCUGUUUCAAGUGGUUGAUCGACUCUGACGCUUUUGCCCGCAAGCUCUGGCAAACUUCAACUCUGCUGAUUGCAGCUGAUACAGCUCUUGGCUGGAUUUUGGACUUGCCCGGUCUGAGGGAGAACUGGUCAAUCAGCACCAUUACAGGUCAUCAUGCUGCACAUUGGCUUUACAGGGAUGACCUGGCAUGGGUGGCGAAGCUGGUUAGACUGUCACCAAUGCUCAAGUUUGUGGGGGCACAUGCCAGCGUGUUUGAUCAGCAGCCUGAGGCAGAGCUGAUGCGAAAGGGCACCUGCAUGCAAUUUCUUUUGUCUCAUGCUCUCCAGCCAGAUGUCAUGGAUGUCAUGAACCUUGAUGAGCUCCACUUCGAAGCUGUGGACUGAACGGACCGCCCAGCGACUGUUUGAUUGAUAUUGGACGAUGGUCCGCUCACCGAGGAGGUAUUUUUUCAGUCUUUCACACCUCACGAACCACGAGCUUGAACGACCCUUUGCCACGGCCGGUUCUUCUCAAGAGCGUCGGUGAGCGAGACCGUCGCGGCGAGACUCGGCCGGACAGUCCCGUUCGGUCUGCGAGGGAGGAGGACAUGGGACGACAUGGAUUAUCCUCGCAUGGCCGCUGCAUCGAGCUGCCACGUGCCGCUGCCACGUGGGGAGCUGGAGACCUCCAACGCCGGUCAGGCGACCGGUCGGCGAGGCUUCACCUGAGCCCGGCCACAUCCAAUGAGUUGCGGCUCAGAGAGGCCCAUGUGACCCCAUCUCCGGGUCUCCGGGCAACGGUGUGACAGUUCUUGCAAAAGGAGGUUUGGAAUGGGAGAGAGAAUCAGACCAGAUGAAUCCAAC